CUCCCGGACACUCGGACACUCCGGACACUCCGGACACUCGGACACUCCUCCGGACACUCGGACACUCGCCCAGCAUGUCCCCGCCCGUGCCCGCGCUCACCCCCGAGCAGAAGAAGGAGCUGGCGGCCAUCGCCCAGCGCAUCGUGGCGCCCGGCAAGGGCAUCCUGGCUGCCGACGAGAGCACUGGUGCGGACUGGGACGGACUGGGAACGGGCUGGGGGGCACUGGGACGGACUGGGAACGGGCUGGGGGGGGUUGGGCUGAGCAUGGGGAGGUGGCAGCAGGUCAGAGAGAUCUGGGGUGGCCUCAGUGGGGACACCUGGGGGGUGUCAGGGACAUUUGGGACACCUUGGGGACACGCUGGGGACAUUUGGGGUUGGGUGUUCCGUGACCCAACCCGGUCACCCCAGGAUGGGGACCUGGAGGGGGACACAGGGAUGAGUGGCCCCGGUGGCCCUGGUGGCCCUGGUGGCCCCGGUGACCCUGUUGCUGUCCCCCAGGUGGACAAGGGCGUGGUGCCCCUGGCCGGCACCAACGGCGAGACCACGACCCAGGGGCUGGACGGGCUGAUGGAGCGCUGUGCCCAGUACAAGAAGGACGGCGCUGACUUUGCCAAGUGGCGCUGCGUGCUGAAGAUCUCUGCGCACACGCCCACGCGCCUCGCCGUCAUGGAGAACGCCAACGUGCUGGCCCGCUACGCCAGCAUCUGCCAGCAGAACGGGAUUGUCCCCAUCGUGGAGCCCGAGAUCCUCCCGGACGGUGACCACGACCUCAAGACGUGCCAGUAUGUCACCGAGAAGGUCCUGGCAGCCGUGUACAAGGCUCUCAGCGAUCACCACGUGUACCUGGAGGGGACGCUGCUGAAGCCCAACAUGGUGACAGGGGGACACGCCUGUGCCACCAAGUACAGCCCCGAGGAGAUCGCCAUGGCGACGGUGACAGCGCUGCGCAGGACCGUGCCACCCGCCGUGCCAGGGAUCACGUUCCUGUCGGGGGGUCAGAGCGAGGAGGAGGCGUCGCUGAACCUGAACGCCAUCAACCGCUGUCCCCUGCCGCGGCCCUGGGCGCUGACCUUCAGCUACGGCCGCGCCCUGCAGGCGUCGGCGCUCAAGGCCUGGGCUGGCAAGAAGGACAACACCAAGGCGGCGCAGGAGGAGUACGUCAAGCGGGCGCUGGCCCCUUCCCCUUCCCGCCUUCCCUCUCCCCCGUUCGACCCCAAAUUUUGGGGGUUCUGGGAUGAAUUUGGGUAG